GGAGGACAUCAGCUAAUAAAGGACACAGCGAGAGGAAGAAAGUUCACGAACUCUCUGCUCCUUUCUCUGAAUUCCAAAGCAGUUUGAAUCUGUAAAGACAUUUCGAGUUUUCUGAGGCAUCGACAAGCGCUUUGGAGGAAUUAUGGCUUGUGCUUCACAGGCGCUGAUUGCCGCUAAUUCAUGCUCGUUUCUGAGCCAACGAGCCACUAGAAAGUCUCAGAAGCUCUUCAAUCAGAGUGCUUCCAAUCUAAUUUUCACGGUCAGAGCUUCGUCUGAAGAUUCCGACUGCAAUGUCGACGAAUGUGCUCCAGAUAAGGAGGUGGGGAAAGUUAGUAUGGAAUGGCUAGCAGGGGAGAAAACUAAAGUGGUUGGCACAUACCCACCAAAGAAAAAGGGGUGGACAGGCUAUGUGGAGAAGGACACUGCAGGACAAACAAACAUAUAUUCCGUCGAACCAGUAGUUUAUGUAGCAGAAAGUGCUAUAAGCUCGGGGACUGCAGGGUCUUCCUCAGAAGGGGCUGAGAACACACUGGCCAUUGCUGGUGGACUUGCACUCAUUGCAGUUGCUGCAGCUUCAUCUAUACUGCUUCAAGUAGGUAAGAAACCACCCGAAGUAAAAAUUGUUGAAUACACCGGACCCUCACUCAGUUACUACAUCAACAAGUUCACUACACCAGCAAUUCUCCAACCACCGGUACGAACCGAGUCCGAAUCCGAACCCGAAUCCUCCUCUCAAGUCGACGGUGUCGCUCCUGAAGUAGUAACCGAGGUUCAAAUUCAAUCAGACAUUGCUGCUCCUGAAGUAGUAACAGGGGUUCAAGUUGAAUCCCAAACGACUGAGCCUUCCUCUCCGGCUAGUUGAACCAAAUUCAUGUGAGUUUCUCUAGAGGUUUUACUUCUGUAUUCAUCUGUUAUGAAUAUUGGUUCUUGGCGAUUACACUACAAAUGAAAGCAUGAUGUUUGCAGAUGUGCUGUACUGCCA